GCCAACGGCAAACAUAUUUUCAAUCUCUAAAAUGAUUUACUUAUUCGUCAAAUGAAAUUAAAAAUAUGUACAUUAUAGGUUAGAGUUAAAGUGAAUCAAUAAUCUAAAGUUUGUAAAAAAAGAAAAAAAAUACAAGCAGCGUAGAACGUAGAAUUGCUUGUGAUUUAAAAUAAACAUACAAUAAAAUAAUAUUUUUUAAACAAGUCGCAUUUCAAUUUCGAUUUUUUUCAAAGCAUUCACUUCUGUUAGAACUAUUUCAGAAGAGCUCAGUUUAAAAUAUUCAACAUUUUCACGCCAAAGGAAACGAAUUGCGAACGCUAUUCUCAGAGUUUCUUACAGAAAACUUUAAUACCUCUUCAGCUUUAAAACUACCGAAGCAAUGACAACUGUUCUUGAUUUGACUAUUAAUAAAACUCUGGAAUAUGAAACUACUGAAAUAUCAGAAAUGGAACCAUAUCCUGAUUUUACACAAAUACCAGUUGUGCGUUUCAUUUUUGUGGCUGUGUAUAUUAUAGUAAUGGUGCUGGCGGUAGUUGGAAAUGCUGUAGUGUGUUGCACAGUUUUUUCGAACCGUAAAAUGCACACUGCCGUAAACUAUUAUAUUGUGAAUUUAGCGAUUUGUGACUUUCUGGUUGGUGUUUUCGUUUUACCUCUCAAACUAUUAGAGCUUACAUCUCCUGCUCAUUGGGGAAUACUGAGCGAUACAUUAUGUACUGUUAUGAUGUAUGUUCAGACGAUAUUUGUGUUUGCUAGUGUACUGACACUUGUUGCCAUUUGUAUAGAAAGGUACAUGGCAGUUCUUCAUCCCCUUGAAUCCCGUAUGCAUCAGACAAAAGCAAGAGCAAAGAGAAUAUUAUGCAUUGUGUGGGCACUGCCAUGCGUUGUAGCCAUACCGUUUCUCUACCCAUCAGAAGCUUUUUCAAACACAUUGCAAAGUGAAUACGGUGAGAUAUCCCGUCUUACUUGCUUCAUAGGUCUACCAGAAGAAUUCCGUCGAGCAUAUUACACAUUUCUGUUUGUAUUCAUGUACAUUUUACCACUAAGUUUCAUUGCUGUUACAUGCUACAGAGUUGCUCGGUGUCUCUUGCAAGGAAUACCGGUGCAUCGACAAGGAAGUAUUAGACGACAGGAAGCCAACAGGAGAAAAAUUGCAAAGAUGGUUCUGAUGGUUAUUUUAGCAUUCGCUGUUUCCUGGACACCAUACUUCUUAGUCAGCAUCAUAACACAGUAUCAAACAGUGAACUUUAUGCACAAAGAGAACUUCUUUUUCACUAUGCUGUGCAUCAAUUUGUUUGCCUUUGUCAAUUCGUGCGUCAAUCCCUUCAUCUACGCAGCCAUGAGUACGAGAUUCAGGAGUGGCUUUCGUGGUUGUUUUAGAGUUGUCUGCCUUCUUGCAUUGUGCUCCCAACGUGAAGUAGAAAAUGAUAUCAUGGAUCCAAGAAUUGCAGACAGAACAAGAGGAAAGAAAAACGUUAGAUUUAUGUGUGAACCGCCUAUGUCCUGCUUCAUGGCCCAAAGUUCAUCUGAAGGCAACAGUGGAAGUAAUGCAAGAAUGUCAGAAACCAGCCAACGUACAGCUUGUACCACAGUUCCAGCUGCCAAGCGUGGUAGUUCCUUCUUUCACUCUAUAAUCAUGAACAAUGCUGGGAGCAAAUUUCUUGCACAAUACUUAAAGAAAGAUAGAGAUGUCAAGCACAAUGGACAGAUACCGAUGCUAGAAGUUUCACCCGAUUCCGAUAGCAAGACUGCUCAACCCACAAUUCCGAUGCCCAUUUUCUCGACACUGGGAAAGAGUCAAUUGUCUCGAAAGAGCUGUUGUAGUGCUGGAGAUAUAACUCUUGCAUCAAACUUCAUGGCGUCAGAUGAGUCAUUUUCAGGAAAUAGAAGAAGUUCAUCCUGUUUGGACUUGCGAAACAAUCACAGAACCCAGUCUCAGUUAUUUACCAUGUUAUAUUAAUUUAAAUAAAAUGUUAUCGUCGAAUUUAAUAUCAUGAAUGAUCAGAAUGAGAGUUAAGUCGUUCUGCUUAAACUGAUAUUUGAAAUCUGUCGUUGGCAGCAUUUAUUUGUCAAUGCGAUUUAAAAAAAAUCUAUGCUAUCUAUGAGUGCAGUGUUUCGCGAUUUAUGCCCUCGUUAGGGGAAAGUCGGGUAGCCCCGCCCACUUAAGUAGUAUUGCUUAUAUUUCUGUAUAA